AUGUCGAAAAAGCGCUCCAGAGAGGAAAAGAUGGACAGGAUGCACCGAGAAGCAGGAGCUACCUUCAAACUGAAUAUCAGAGAAUUUCGGCCACCGAUGAAUUUCCAGGUUCCCAAACUGCCAGAAUUCGAUGAGAAAACAGAUGAUCCAGAUCAACAUGUUUUUCAUUAUGAAACUGCCAUGACUCUUUGGCAGCACAACGAUGAGUUGAUGUGCAAGAUGUUUCCGCAAUCACUGACUGACGGAGAAAUUACGUGGUUCAAUCAUCUCCGGGCACGGUUGAUCAGGACUUACCACAAGAUGGAAUACCAAUAUGAUCAAAGAGGUGUAUACGGUUCCUUGGUCAAGAGACCACCAAAGACUCUGGAAGAACUGUAUGAUCGAGCAGAAGAAUACACUCGAGUAGAGGAUGAUUCAAAAGCUCGAGAGACAAGAGAAGUUAACAGAUCAUCCAACCAUCAAAACGAUAGAGUGAAGGACAAGUCGAAGAACCGUUCAGGUGGACAGCAGAGUGAUCGAGGUGAAGUUCGAGAGAAGAUUCAUGGGGAACGGUUAGAGUCAGGAUAUCAGAAAUAUCAUGAUUUAAAGCUGACACCAUUGAACGUACGACUGACAGAAUUGUAUGAGAAAAUUGGCAAAGACUUGAGUCACCCUCAACCUUUUCCAGCAGAGACACGUGAUAAACGUGAUAAAAAUAAAUACUACAAUUAUCAUAAGGAUGUAGGUCACAAUACCGAGAAUUGUCGAGCCUUGAAGAUUCAAGUCCAGCGGAUGAUCAACGCUGGAAAGCUGCAAGAGUACGUGAAGAAAGAUUUUGUAAAAUGA